ACGUCGUUGGAAAAGGGGCAGUAGCGAGCAUCGAGAUGAAUCAGCAGUGGUCGGAAGAAGAAACCAACAUAUUACUUGCGAUUUGGUCCUCGCGGGAGAUCCAGGAUAAACUGGAAAACUCCCAAAGAAAAGCGAAGGUGUACGAAGAGGUGCAAGCGGAGCUUCUUAUAGCGGGGUACAACCGAACACCCGAGCAGAUCACAAACAAGUUGAAAAAGCUUAAGAAGGACUACAGGGACCACAAAAAGGAAGUCUUUAAAGGCGGAGCUGGACGCAGCAGCAGAGGUAGAAAUGCUGUGCAUUUUGACGUGCUGGAAUCUGUGUUGGGACCCAGACCAGCAAAUCAGCGGACCGGGGCUUUGAACUCCACAACCGCUGUUCGCAAGCAAAUGAGGGAUGCGGCAACGAACACCCCGGAUUUAGAUAUUUCAGCGCACUUCAGAGACUCUAAAGCCUCCUGCAGCAGUGUCCACCCCGCAGAAUCCACAGCUUCAACCUCUCCAGAGCGCGCAUCCAGGAUCCGGGCAGGAAAAAGAAAAAUGGAGCACCACCAGGAGCUGCUGGACUAUCUGGAGAGGGCAGAUGAACGAUUCCUUGAACACAGCAGGGAGCUGAACAUGGCUGUGCUCAAAAAAAUGGACGAAUCCACCAACGCGCUUCUGGGUCUCAUGGGGCGCAUGGUGGCUGUAAUGGAAGGACAGAAACAAGAAAAUACAGCGUGAACACUGUUCGGUUACAUGUGGACACAUUUUAUUUUUUUAAACAGACAGUUUUGAAUAUGCUCCAUUGCACUGGACACACAAGUCACAGUUUUGUAAAUAAAAUG